AUGCUCUCAAUCGCUCGUAAAAGACCCCUAAUUGUUGCAUCAUCAUCCUCUCGUCUAUUUAAACAUUCCUCUCGUCCAUUAUCUUCCUCUUCUUCAUCUUCCUCUUCUUCAUCUUCCUCUUCUUCAUCUUACACUCUACGUUAUGGUUUUAUUGGAUUAGGAAGAAUGGGUCUCCCCAUGGCUAAAAACCUUCGCAAUAAACUUCCUAACCCAGAUUCCCCACUUCAUAUUUUUGAUGUUUCUCAAUCUCCUAUUAAUGAUCUUAUUGCCUCUGCUCCUAAUAUUCAUAGUCAUGAUUCUGUUUCAAAAGUUGCUAGAAAUUCAGAUGUUAUUAUAACAAUGCUUCCUGCUCCACAACAUGUUAAAUCAGUUUAUGCAGAAAUUGCAAAAGAAUUGGCUAAAAAUAAAUUAGACCCUCCAAGACAAAAAGUAUUUAUUGAUUCUUCUACAAUUGAUGUCACUACAAGUAUUCAAACAAACUCAUUACUUAAAUCCCUUCCAACUACUUCAUCAACAGGUCAUUAUUUCUUUGAUGCUCCUGUAUCUGGUGGUGUUGUUGGUGCUACAAAUGCUACCCUUACUUUUAUGAUUGGUGGUCUUCCUCCUCUUCAACAACAAGAAAAACAUGAAAACCAACAACAACAAUCAACAACAACAACAACAAUAGAUGAUCCAUUGACCCAAAUUUAUUCUUCUAUUGUUAAACCAACUCUUUCAACAAUGGGUAAAACUCUUGUCCCAUGUGGUGGUCCUGGUCUAGGUCUUGCUGCUAAACUUGCAAAUAAUUACCUUUUAGCCCUUACCAAUAUUGCAACUGCUGAAAGUUUCCAACUAGCAAGAGCCCUUGGUUUAGACCUUAAUCUUUACUCUCAAAUAGUAGCUACUGCUACAGGUAGAUCAUGGUCUUCAGAUGUAAAUAACCCAGUCCCUGGAAUUCUCCCUAAUUCUCCUGCUUCAAGAGAUUAUACAAAUGGCUUUGGACUUACCCUAAUGAAAAAGGAUCUAGGUCUUGCCCUCCAAGCAGCACGUGACACUAACCUCCCCCUCCUUCUCGGCGAUGAUGCCUUGCGUGUCUACUCUCAAGUUGAACAAGACCCUUACUGUGCAUCCCGCGACAUGUCUGUCAUUUACAAGUAUAUCCAAGAUCAUCAAAAGUAA